AUGUCUCCACCAACCUCAACUUCCGUUGGCCCAGCUGCUGAUGCUGGCGUCCUCGAUGACAAUCACUGCUGUGCCGAGGUGAUCAGCAUGCUCAAGGAGACGCUCAACUACCACAAGGGUGAUCAUCAUACCUUCUUUGUUUUUGGUGCUUCGGGCGACUUGGCCAUUAAAAAGAUUUAUCCUACACUGUGGGCACUUUACCGCGACGAGCUAAUGCCCAUGAAGACGGCCAUCGUCGGCUACGCUCGUUCGCCGAUUUCCGUGGCGAAGCUGCGCACCAACAUCAGCAAGUACAUCAAACUGAAGGACGGCGACGAGGAGGAGCUCUUUGAGCAGUUUCUGGCGCACAACGUCUACGUCCAGGGCAAGUACGACGACCCGGAGGACUUCAGGAAGCUGGUCAGCACGGUGGAGCACCUGGAGCACGCGGAGGAGGGCAGCGAGGCGGUGGCCAACAACCGCCUCUUCUACCUGGCCCUGCCACCGUCCGUCUUUGAGCCGGUCACUAAGCUGAUCCACGACUUCUGCAUGAGCAAGUCGGGCUGGAACCGGGUGAUCAUCGAGAAGCCCUUCGGCCGGGACUACGACUCCUCGCAGAAGCUCUCCCGCCACCUGCAGGCGCUCUACAGCGAGGAGGACCUCUACCGCAUUGACCACUACCUGGGCAAGGAGAUGGUGCAAAACUUGAUGGUCCUUCGCUUUGGCAACCGCAUCUUCGGCCCAGUGUGGAACCGCGAGAACAUCUCCUCCAUUCAGAUCUCCUUCAAGGAGCCCUUUGGGACGCAGGGUCGAGGCGGCUACUUUGACCAGUUUGGCAUCAUUCGCGACGUGAUGCAGAAUCACCUGCUGCAGAUUCUCUGCCUGGUGGCAAUGGAGAAGCCGGUGUCCACCAGUCCGGAGGACAUUCGCGACGAGAAGGUGAAGGUGCUAAGGGCGAUGAAGCCGCUGACGCUGGACGAUGUCGUCCUCGGCCAGUACAUCGGCAAUCCCAAGCUGAAGGGUGACGCACAGCUGGGCUACCUCGAUGACCCCACUGUGCCUGCCGGCUCGUUGACCUCCACCUUCGCCCUGGGCAUGUGCAAAAUCAACAAUGAACGUUGGGACGGAGUGCCCUUCUUCAUGCGAUGCGGCAAAGCCUUAAACGAGCGCAAGGCCGAGAUUCGCAUUCAGUUUCGCGACGUUCCCGGAGACAUCUUUCAGGGCCAGUGCAAACGCAAUGAGCUGGUGAUUCGCGUCCAGCCCGGUGAGGCACUGUACGUCAAAUUCAUGACCAAGGAGCCGGGGAUGACCUUCCGCUUGGCGGAGACUGAACUCGAUUUGACGUACACCAACCGAUACAAGGAGGCCGUUUUGCCGGACGCCUACGAGCGCCUGAUCAUGGACGUCUUUGCCGGCUCACAGAUGCACUUUGUCCGUUCUGAUGAACUGGCCGAGGCGUGGCGCAUCUUCACUCCACUGUUGCAUGAAAUUGAAAACAAAAAAGUGGCCCCACUGCCCUAUCUGCACUCCUCUCGUGGCCCUAAGCAGGCAGACGACUUUUGCAUUGCUCGCGGUUUCAAGUUCUACGGCACCUACCGGUGGCACUUUCCCGAUCUGGAACAGGGCAACGGCAACAACGGCGAGGAUAAUGGAAAGGCGGUCAAUGGCACCAAGUAA